UGGCGGCGGCGGCGGACACAACGAGGAAGGAAGGCGCCGCCCAUGGCGAUCAAACGGGACCCCGACCGGCGACCGCUUUGAGCGAGCGAGGCAGCCACCGACGCGCGUUCGCGGGCGCGCCGAAACACCCCGUAAAACCGCGUCGUCUCGUCCCCGGCGGGGAAUAAACAAAGAGCCAGGUUGUCCGUGAGGAGGCGAGAGGCGGAGGAGCACGCCGCGAGCGCGACCACGUCCGCAUUCGCGCCCCGAUAAAUAACACCGGAGCGCGGGAUGCUCGCCGCCCACCUACCGCUCCCCCUCACCUCACCUGAUCACCUCUCGAGAGAGAGCCCUCUCCCUCCGGCCGCCCGUCUGUCUGUGCCAACCAUCCAUCCUCGCCAUUCUCUCGCCGCGAAACCAAACAGGCCAUGGAGCGGCUGCUGUGGGCGCCGGCGCCGGCGCUGGUCUGCGGCGGCAAGCGGAGCAAGGGCGAAGACGCCGUCGCGGACCCGCUGGGCACGGUGGGCGAGUGGCUGUGCCGGGCCGCGCUGCAGCCGCCUCCGCCGCCGCGGAUGUGCGGGACGCCCGGGGGCCCGCCCGUGACGGCGCGCCGGGUGCGCCUCAGCGACGGCCGCCACCUGGCCUAUGAGGAGUCCGGCGUGCCUAAGGAGACCGCGCGCUACCGGAUCGUCUUCUCGCACGGCUUCACGGGGUCCCGUCUCGACAGCCUCCGCGCCUCACAGGAAGUGGCCGAGGAGCUGGGCGUGUACAUGGUGGGCUUCGACCGCGCCGGCUACGGCGAGAGCGACCCCAACCCGUCCCGCUCCGUGCGCUCCGCGGCGCUGGACAUGGAGGAGCUCGCCGACGCGCUGGGCCUCGGCGACAGGUUCUACGCCGUCGGCUUCUCCCUCGGCUGCCACGCCGUGUGGGGCGCGCUCAGGUACAUCCCGCACCGGCUGGCGGGCGCCGCGAUGCUGGCGCCCGUGGUCAACUACUGGUGGCCCGGGCUCCCGGCGGGCGUGGCGGCGGAGGCGUACGGCCGGCAGGCGCGCGGCGACCAGUGGGCGCUCCGCGUGUCGCACCACGCCCCGGGGAUCCUCCACUGGUGGAUGGGCCAGCGGUGGCUGCCCACCUCCACCGUCGUCGACAACACCACGCACCUCCCCAACAGGCGCGACGCCGAGGUCCGCCGCGAGCUCGCCGCCGACGGCACGCUCCGGAGGAAGCGGGAGGUGGCGACGCAGCAGGGAAUCCACGAGUCCUACUACCGGGACAUGACGGUCAUGUUCGGCAAGUGGGAGUUCGACCCCAUGGGCCUGCCGGAGCCGCCGUGCCCCGUGCACCUGUGGCAGGGCGACGAGGACGGCCUCGUGCCGGUCGAGCUGCAGCGACACGUCGCCGGGAAGCUCGGCUGGGUCAACUACCACGAGCUCCCCGGCACCGGGCACUUCCUCUCCGCCGUCCCCGGCCUCGGGGACACCGUGCUCCGGACACUUUUCGGCUGAGCCGCCGCCGCAAAGCCGUGGCGACAUCAACGAAGUACAGCAGAGUUGGUAGUCGCUUAGCGGGUUAUGCAAAGUACAGGACAGUGGUCAUGAUACAUGGGCCACGAGGCAGCAUGUAGAUUUUGUUCUUUCUUUUUUUUUGUAAAAGGAAAUUUUGCUGCCAGGAAGCCCCUGAAAUUUGGAGAUUCUUUGACAGAAAGUGAUGCUCUACCAUUCUAGGUAGCAUUUCAUUUUUUUUUAAUUCUCAGUGUCUACCAUGCAAAGUGAUGGAGCUUGUGGAUUCUAGUGUAUAAGAGGAUUCUAUUCUAACAA